UGUGCAUACUAGUAGUAGCUUGCCACUUCCUUUCUAUCCUGCAUUUCUCCUCCUGCACAGCCAGAGACCAGACAGGCACAGACCCCCCCGCUCUACGAGUGCUCACGGUACCAGUAAGAAGGACAGGAGCAGGGAGGAGGGGAGAUCGAUGGCGAGCAGCGUGGGGGGAGAUGCCGGGGAAGGGGAGUGGCUCAAGGUCGCCGAGCUGAGGGCCAUGGCGGGAGCCCAGGACCCGCAUGUCAAGGAGGUGGACAACCUGACGCUCCGGAGGUUCCUGCGCGCGCGCGGCCACGACGUGGGCAAGGCCUCGGCGAUGCUGCUCAAGUUCGUGGCAUGGAGGCGGGAGGCCGUGCCGGGGGGCGUCGGCGCCGUCAUGCCGGCGGAGCUGGUGCGGGCGGAGCCGUCGCGAGAGUUGGCCUCCAUGGGCGGCGUCGACCGCGCGGGCCGCCCCGUCCUGCUCGCCUUCCCGGCCAAGCACUUCUCCGCCAACCGGGACAUGGCCGGCUUCAAGCGGCUUGUUGUGUACCUGCUGGACAGUGUCUGCGCGAGGAUCCCACGGGGGCAGGACAAGUUCAUCGUCGUCGUGGACCUCAAGGGCUGGGGGUACGCCAACUGCGACGUGCGCGCGUACGUGGCGGCCAUCGAGAUCAUGCAGAGCUACUACCCGGAGCGGCUGGGCAAGGCGCUCAUGGUGCACGUGCCCUACAUCUUCAUGAAGGCCUGGAAGAUGGUCUACCCCUUCAUCGACGCCAACACCAGGGACAAGUUCGUGUUCGUGGACAACAAGAGCCUGGAGGGGGCGCUGCGGCGGGAGAUGGAUGAGAGCCAGGUGCCGGAGAUGUACGGCGGGAAGCUGCCCAUUGCCCCCCUCACCGACGACUAGGUAGCUACGACGUAUGAUCGGUCGAUGUAUGUAGCAUCGAAACCGAAACAAACGGGACAGGGUCUCUUGUAUGUAGAUGUAAUUGGGGGAGAGAGCUCGCAGUGUCACCGUCUGUAUGGUAAGGUAUUUUUCUGACAGAAAGCAUUCCUGCAUUCAGCGGUGUGAUAUGGCAAGGGGGAUUAAUGGUAUUUAAACACGACAGAAUUUGGACGCGAGUCCCGUUCCUAGGAUAUUGGUAGUAGUAUUAUUUUAAGAAAACAUUCAAUUUACUCUAUUACU